UUGGCUGUCGGCGACACGAAGGGUUUCUUAUUGGUCCUUUCCACGGGGCAUUUUCGCCUACGUCAUCAGUACCGGUUUUCUGUUGUUUACAUCUGUUUGUAGUUCAGCUAAAUUGGCCAGAUGUGCAUGUAGCCAGCUAGCUAAAGAUGUACAAUAGAGUUUUUUUCCUACCGCGAGGCUGUGAUACGUUGCUCUGACGCUAAAUAUGUGAGGAAGAUUAACGGCUAGAGGAGAUUUAGCGCCUGCGUUGCAAAGAUGCCCGGCGUGUGUUGUGCUUGCGUUUCAGUUUUCAUUUGUGCCUGGAUGCUCCUCCCGACUUUGACUCCGUUCUUCACCGUCACCUGAUUACAAUAGGGAAAUUGACGCCGACCUGUUGGGGAAUUCUACUCUGACUCCUGUGGCAACAGCGCGUAACUGACUGACUGGCCACAAAGAUUUAUAACGACCAUUUAAAACAGCUGCGCGACAGAGGAACCGAAAUUUAAUGUGUUCGUUCGGCUCCACCCAAAGUGCACAAUGUUCGCCUGACUUGAGCCCUUUGGCUCAGCUUUAAGAGGGUCCGCCGGGCUGUGGAGGCGCGGGUUUUGACUGCGGCAGCCUUGGCGUCAUGUCGGACUCGGACGGGUCUCUGCCGCUGUCCAGGAGGCUCAGCUACGCGGUGGGACACUUCCUAAACGACCUGUGUGCGUCCAUGUGGUUCACGUACCUGCUGGUGUUUUACCACUCGGUGCUUGGCUUUCGCAACACAAACGCAGGCGUGCUGCUGCUGCUUGGGCAGAUAGCUGAUGCUGUCUGUACCCCUCUCAUUGGCUACGAGUUGGACAGGACCCCCGGCUUUGGAAGCUACGGCAAGAGGAAAUCAUGGCAUUUAGUUGGCACGCUGAGCGUCGUGCUGUCUUUUGCCUUCAUCUUCAACCAGUGUCUGGGUUGCGACUCCUUCACUCCUCAGUGGGCCAGCCUCACCUACUUUGUGCCGUUCAUCGUCGUCUUUCAGUUCGGCUGGGCCGCCACGCAGAUCUCCCACCUGUCCCUCAUCCCAGAGCUGGUCACCUGCGAGCACGCCAAAGUGGAGCUCACCGCCUACCGAUAUGCAUUCACGGUGAUCGCAAACAUCACGGUGUACGCUGUGGCCUACCUGCUGUUCCACAUGCAGGGCGACGCAGAUGAGGACACUCUGGGAGCGGUGGAUAUCGGCGUCUUUCGGGACCUGGCGUUCAUUGUGCUUGGCAUCGGCGCCCUGUCCUCCAUCUUGUUCCAUGUGGGAACCAAGGAGAAAAGCUCCAGAACAGCUGCCCAGUUGGAAGGAGAUGAAGUGAGAGGAAACAGGAGGAUGGAAGAUGAAGAGGGAGAGGCAGGAGAGUGCAGGCCCCUGCUCCCCCGUCACUCCUCUUCUCUUCUCCAGUGGAAGUGUUGGCUACAGCAGCCCUCCUUCUACCAGGUGGCCCUGCUCUACAUGUCUACCAGGUUAAUAGUCAACCUGUCUCAGACCUACAUCUCCAUGUAUCUCAUCAACACUCUGAGCCUGCACAAGAAGUACAUAGCGACCAUUCCGUUAGUGAUGUAUGUCAGUGGCUUCCUGUCCUCCUUCAUAAUGAAGCCCAUCAGUAAACUGAUUGGCAAAAGUCUCACUUACUUUCUGGGCCUGCUGCUGAUCAUAGUCUUCUCCUACUGGGUGCUGCUGGACGACACGAUGGACGAUCGGGUGUACGGGGCAGCCGUGCUGCUCGGGGCCGGCUCAGCCACCAUCCUGGUCAUAUCGCUUGCCAUGACCGCAGAGCUCAUCGCCGAUCAGACGCAAAGUGGAGCGUUUGUCUAUGGAGCCAUGAGCUUCACUGAUAAACUGGCUAAUGGAGUGGCUGUGAUGAUUAUACAAGCAAUGCAUCCGUGCCAUACUGUGCUGUGUUGUCCAGCCUGCAUGUGGUACUACCACUACGUCAUGGUCAUAGUGACGGGAGGCGUGGCAGUCGUUGCUGCAUUGGCCCUGUGCUCCAUCCUCAUCUGGCCUAUAAAGAUAAGACCUCGAGUCUCGGACGAUACAGCCAGAGUCAACUAGCAACCCCUCCCCCAAAUCCUUUAAAACUGACUCCGGGGAAGCAUGACAGGAAACUCUCGACAAGUCUCAUCUGGACAGCAAGAACUCUCACUUUUGGUUUUACCUAAGAUUCAGGGAAACACACGAACUAGGAAACUACAGGGAGAUUGUUAAUCCUGUAGCCUUUCAAGUCUGGACCCGCUUUUACUGUUCUGAAAACACUUGAUGUAGUAUAAUAAUUAGAUUGAGGUUAUAUUCUGCAUUGAGACUGGGCUCGACUGGUGCUCACUACUGAGGCAGUAGACAAGCAGCUGGUGCUGUGCAGUCUGUGCUGUGAGCUUUACAUGUAUCAUCCUACCGUGUGAUGAGCAGUCACAGUUUCUUCACGUCAGGCUCUUUGUGUUUUGGGUAUGAGCCUCACUGGAUGGAUGAGACGUUGUACAGAAAUUAACAGAUGCUGAAGUACAUUUAAAACCUUUACUGAGGCAGGGGAGUCGAACUGUAGAGACUCCUGCUGGUUCUGGAUGAUUUAGGAAAAGAAUCAGAUUAAAUUCAAAUCACUUGCACCUGUUUUAUCUCUGUAAUUAGACCAAAUAGAAUAUAUACAUAUAUAUGUAAUUGAGUAUAAAAUGUUUUAUUUUUAUAUUCCAAAAGUAACCUAAAUAGCACAAUGUUAUUUGCUACAAACUGAAUUUAAAGGGAUCAAACGUGUGUGUUUGAGUGAAGUUAAGGGAAUCAAUGUGCGGGUGACGUUUACUUGUGGUUCAACACAAAAAAGAAGAUUUAGUUCAACUCAUGUUCUGCUUACAGUAACAUGGUUUUUAUGAUCUUUUUAUGUUCUUUUCUCGGUGCUGCCCCGGUGACAUGCAUUCUGUUUACGAUGAGCUUGUUUUAUCGGAACAUCUAAUCGUAAUUAAUCUCUGCAUACAAAAAAGCUUCAUGGGUCCACAUCGCGACAAAAAGGAUAACAAAUAUAUUACAAAGGGAUUUUAAGUGUUUAGUGUUGAAAAUAAAAUAAAAAUAGAAGCUUCUGGUUCUCUAGACCAAAAUCUGAUGAGGUCCAGAGGUACUAAAGCGAUCAUGUGAUGAGGUUGUGCAGAUGUAAAUUAGGGUGCCUGUCCGUUAUUUUCUAUCCAUUACAGUGAAUCCAUUCAGUUCAAAAUCACAUAUUUAUCUAUGUUUAUGUGAGGAAAUGAAUGCUGACAAUGGAGAAAAUGCCUCGGAGCUUUGUGAGUUAUGAAAACCAUGAGGAAGUGUCAGAUGGGGCUUGACAGACAGCCAGCCUGUUCCCUAUUUGUGUUUCCUGUUUGCCUUCUAUAACCUUUCACAUGUCUACAUCAUGUAAAUAAAGAAUUAAUAGAAAAGUG